GCUUGCAACAAGUAUAUUGUGGAUUUCAGUUGGCCAAUAAAGCACCAGUUGUGAUCAGACAGCAUGGAGUUCAAAAGAGGAAAAACCUUCAUAAAAUCCAGCAUGCAGCUCACCCAUGAGAAAUUACCUUUAGUGGGCUUGAGUCCUAGAGAGAAAGACAAUGCAGGAAAGGACAUCAAAGAAAGAAACCUUCCCAACAUUGAAACUGCAAAAUCAAGUUUCUCUGAGGAUAAAUGUGAUAGCAUUUCAAACAGGUCAACAAAGACUGGUUCUAGUGAGAGCAUCCUGUUGGUCCCAGAAUCCUUCUACAAACCUGUACGGAAAAGUAAAACCCAUGACUGUGUUGUAAGAAGUGCAGACAAAGCUGAACAAUGUGGCCACAAUAGCAACAUCUCUGAGGAGGGUGUUGUAGCUCCUGGAAGAACUAAAGGACGACUUGUCAACAGUGCCAGCUUUUCUGGGUUUGGGAAUGCACAGAAUUCUCAUGGCAAAAAAGACUCUGUGGUCAACUCAAGUCAUUUCUUGAACAGUCCACAGCAGAUGAUUGAUUACCGCAACUUUGUCCCACAGAUGCCUUUUGUGCCAGCUGUGGCCAAAAGUAUCCCUAGGAAGAGGAUUUCUCUGAAGCGAUCCAAAAAAGGUUUCCGAGACAUAUUUCAUAUUAAAAAAAACAAGUCAGAGAAUCUUGCUUUGUUGUCAGAGAAGCAGAAAAGGCUUCCAUUUCCAGGAUGUAAGUCAGAAUUAGCAGGCCGGCUUGGUAAAUAUUUCUUUAAGGCUGGAGAAACCUUUACUGCUGACUGUUUGGCACAAGAUAUUUCUGAUGGUGAACUUCUCUCAGAGUCCUCCUAUGAGUAUUCCAGUGCUUUGUGUGAAGAUGUUGCUUCCCUGAAGAGCUUUGAUUCCCUCACUGGAUGUGGAGAGAUUUUUGCAGAUGAGAGCUCUGCCCAUAUGGAACUGGAGAUCAGUAAAGAAAUCUUACAAAGGCAAUCUCAACAGAAAGACAACCCUGCCAUGGGAUCCUUCCAAGGUGGGGUGGAACAGCUUGCAUCCCCAGCCCAAAAUGAAGCAGCUGAUUUUGCAAAACUUUGGGAUAAUAUUAAUAAAUCAGUGCAACUGCAUCAGAAAACAUUGUUUGAUAGAAGGUUACUGAAAAUACCUAGCAGUAAACUGGCAAAGGCUAGAUAUGAGACCAGUGCCUCAGUGACAGACUUACUUUCUUCUCCUGACUCUUCCAAAGAGAGCUCCAUAGACACUGGGACCCCAAAGAGUGACAAUCAGGAAUCCAUGUCCACUAGUGAUGAAGGAUACUAUGAUUCAUUUUCUCCUGGGCAAGAUGAUGAACUAAAGUCUGAUCAAUCACCUGGAGUACCAGGUCGGUUUCCAAGAGACAGCUAUAGUGGAGAUGCCUUGUAUGAACUAUUCUGUGACCCCAGUGAAGCUCAGAUCAGCCCAGGGCUAGAUGAUGACCUCUGCAUGUCCGAAAGCAUUUCAGAAAAGGCCAUUGAAAUACCUUUGUCAAUUUAUAGUUUUCAUGUAGGAUCAGAAGAAAAUAUGGCUUCGCAACCAGCUGUUGAUAUCAUCAGCCAAGGUUUCCUUCACAGCACAUGGAAAGGCAAAGAAUGCUUGCUCAAGCUAUGUGACACAGAGCUCUCCUUGACCAUGGGGAUUAUCAACUGGCUACGAAAAAACCCAGGACUGAUUUCCCCACAAGAUUUCCCCAAGAAUCCUCAGUCACAGUUAGAAAAAGAUGGUGAGCCAAUACCCACCUACCCCAGCACACACAAGAAUGGGUUCAAAGCAGCUCUGGAAGAAAAUACAAUGGGUCCAGAAGCAUCUUCAAUUUGCACCAAAAAUGGAACAUAUUCAUGUUCAGUAGGCAGAACUGAACAAAGGCAAAGUGAUAGUCUUACAUGUGAGUCACCUCAAGAAAGUUCUCAAGAAAGGGAAGGAACUCUGAGUGCCAUGUCUCCCCUCAUAACAGACAAUAGCGCAUCAUAUGACAUGCACAGAUCAGAGGAGAGCUGGGAUGACCUACUGAUGAUGAGUUCUUCUGAAAUGGAGAAGAUAUCUCUUGUAGGAGAGUGCACAGAUCCUGGUACUGAAACACUGUCAUUUGAAGCCCUCAAUUUGGAGACAAUCUUCCAAAAUGACGAGAACCUUUUGGCAAUGGAUAACCAUGAUGCAGAGUCAUGUUCUUCCUACAUGACUGCUGCAACCUCUCCAGAUUCUCUAGAAAAUGGAGAUGAAAGUGGGACAAAAGCAUCAGAGACACCAGCAGAACUUGACAAGCCAACAGAGCCACUGAAUCUCAGUCAUUACCAAAGUCACACCAGCAAGACACAAAAAGAGAAUGACAGUAACAUGGUGAAGCUUUUGGAUCAUUGUGCCGCUCAAGUUGCCUCCCUAAAGAUUAGUUAUGAUUCUGAAAAUAAGCACUUGGGUGAUAAAUGCAUUGGAAAUGAAGUGAGCAAUAAUACUGAUACAAGGAAUCAAUUAAAAAACCAACUACUGUUGCAAAAUGAAUGUAUCUGUAUACCUCCUAUUGUUGAUUAUUCAAAUCAGUGUAAUGUUAAGGCAAAUGUUGGUAGCAGUGCUCCAUAUCUCAUGAAGAAUGAAGAAGAUCUCAUGAAUGAAGAAGAUUUCAUUUGUGUUGAUGAUCAGAAAAGAUCAAGUAUCCUAGACUAUAUGGGCCCAAUUACAAAAAAUAAGCUAACCUUUGAAUAUGCCCAGUUGAAUAAUCAAGCUUUGUCUUAUAUAAGAGAUUUCCGAUUUGAACUUGGCACUCAGAACUCUACUACCAUGGCAAACAUUUGCAGACCCACAUUUUUACCACUCUUUAGUUCCAUUUGCUCAGACACAGCUAGUGACUUCCCUCAGUCUUUGUGCAGAAAAAGCAGUUUACUGGAGAAGCAUUCAAAAGAUCAAGAGGUUCCACCAAGAAGCACACCUUUAUGUGCUUAUUCAAAAUUCCAGUGUAAACUACUGCCACAGGUAGCCACUCUUCCACUUCCAGAAGAUGCUACCAAAGAGAUAGCUGUGAUGGAGAAGAACCAUGACUAACUUGGUGAAGUAAGGUGCAGCUCUAAAGAAUCCCCUUCCUUCCCAAAAAUAAUUUGGCAAUUUAUUUAUUUUCUAUCAAAAUGAGGUAAGAGACUGGUGUUAUCAGUGAUGAAGAACCUGUGAAGAUGCUACUGUAGACACAGCGUUCCUCUCAUCUCUUAUCAGAAGAAUGUGGAUUUAAAUCAAUGAUAGUUCUUUGCUGUACGCCAGUUGCCUCCUUGAGUGUUAUGUGCAAUGUUGAAAGAGAUGCUUACUCAUGUUGAUUUGGUCACACUGAGUUACAUAAAAGUACUAGGUUUAUUUUAGAAUAUAGAUAUUUAUGCCAAUAACUAAAUAAAUAACUAAAUAAAUGGUUUUAAGGAAUUGGGGGUGGGAGAAUUUCCAGUCUUUUGAAUGAUUGUCAUGUUGUCUACAGUAAGGCAAGGCCCAGUCCAGUGAAGGCUUUAUUGAUUGUUGUCUCUUUAUACAGUCAGGCCACUGUUAUGUGCACAGGUAUACCUCAGUUAACAAUGUAGUCAUAUUCCAAUUUGUUCAUCAAGGCAGAAAUAACAUGGAAAGAAUAGGGAUUGGUUGUAGCACCACAGAACAGAAGAGCAGUUUGACAUGUUUCAGCAAACUUUUAAUCUACAGCUAACAAUGUGCAUAUAUAAAAUAAAACACCCUGGUCAGCUAAGCCUUGUACGUGCGUUUUGUGUGCCUUCAAGUUGCUUCUGACUUAUAGGGACCCUAAGGUGACUCUAAUCAUGGGGUUUUCUUGGCAAGAUUUAUUCAGAGGAAGUUUGCCUUGGCCUUCUCCCGAGUCUGAGAUCAUCUGACUUGUUCAAGGUCACCCAGUGGGUUUUAUGACUGAGCUGGUAUCGAACCCAGGAUACAUUUUGGAAGAA